AUGAAGCUCGUACAGGAGCACUAUCUAAGGGAGGAUAUCAAGUGCGGGUCUGCGUUGUGCUACGCGUGCUACACGCACCUCCCCCGCCAUGACCCGCUGUUCUCCGGGGACGUGCUUCCCAGCCAGCUGCUCCCCCGAGAGCUGCUCUGGCAAUUUCCGGAGGAGGGCUUGCUGCUUCAGGAUGAGGCUGACCGGCCUUCCUUGUCUGCUAGCACAAAGCUCUACGUGUGCUCCCCCCCGCGGUCCCUCCCUUGUCCCUCAUCGUUGCCUUUCGUCCUCCAUUUCUCCUCCUUCACCUUCUCUCCCCCUGCCUCCUUCACGUCUCGCUCUCCCCUUUUCCCUCCUCCCGCCUUACACUUGAAGGGGAAGGAAGAGAAGUGGAGAAAGAGAGGCGAUGAUGAGGGACAAGGGAGAGACCGCGGGGAGCAUUGGAAGACAACUUGCGGCAAAGAGAUAGCCUCACUCACUCACUUUCACUCCGUGCAUCUCCAACUGUUGCGACCACUUACUGUUAUGCCCGAUGCAGCCUCACUGGUCGAAUUCAUGGAGGUGUGGGAGCUGCCUCCCAUUCGCCACACCAUUGUGCUGGGCUCCGUGCUCAAGGAGUUCGCUGCAUCCACUGGCUUCAACCGACUUGAGAUCACCUGCAAGAUGUUCCUUUCUCUCGUUCCCUCUCCCCCAUCACACAGUGCUCUGUGUGAGGAUGGUCAGCAAGAGAGAUGGGAGGCGGGAGAGCUCCUUCACCCACCUCGUGGCGCCCUCCUCUCCCUCGCCCCAAUCCGCUGUGCCUCCGCCCCUCCUCUUCCGCACCCCAUUUCAGUGCUCUGUGUGAGGACGGGCGGGAGAGCUCCUGCUCUGUGCGAGGACGGGCGGAGGGAGAGCUCUUUCUUUGACGACCGGCACUUCCUCUUCACGCACACCAUGGCGGAGGAGAGGCGGGCAAGCCUGAGGGUGACACUCGGUGAUGCUGCUUCCGCUGAAGUGGAUCUGUGUCACGUGGUGGCGGCAGCACAAUGGUUCUCAACCCAUCUCCACCGCGCCAUACCCAUCAUUAUCGUGUUGGACGAGUUGGCAGCAGCACGUGGCAGCAUGCCACUGGGCGAGGUGCUGCAAGCCGUGCAGCGCAACGAAGUGGUGUUCUUCUUUUCUAAGUUUCUAUGCAUCUCCUCCGCGAAGCUUGUCGUCCUCUGUUUACCAUAUCCCCCGCUGGUGCCACAGGUGAUGACAACAGAGGCGUUCUUUCAGACCUACUACGGCCACUGCCCCACUGUCACCACGCUUAUGGACUCUCUCGUGAGCGCACCCAACCAUCUUCCUCUACCUGCUUCACCGCCAACAUGCCCGUGCUGUGCUCCCUUUCUCCUGCCCCGCCACCAUCAUCACUUUGCCCUCGUCGUCCUCUCUCCCCACCAGGCCACCCAGCAUGCUCUGCGCCUCUCCUCGUCCUUCAAAUCCACGUCUGGCGGCGGCAGGCUCGGUGGCAGUAGGCUCGGAAGCGGCAGGCUCGGCAGCGGGAAGCAGCGGAAGGAGGUGUUCACACCGCACCUGUCAAUCGCAAGCAGGUGCACGCCCCCCACAGCGACAUCACCAUCCCCACAUGGCGCCACCUCCACCGCACUCUGCCAUUCUACCCCAUGCCCCCUGCCUAUUCCAUGCCCCCAACCCCCAUCCUUCCCUUCCAGUCGCAAGCAGGUGCACGCUCCCCAGAGCGACAUAACCAUCCUCUCAUGGCGCCACCUCAACCGCGCUCUCCCGGGCGACACCGUGGCAGUCAGGCUGCUGGGCAAACGCCGGGUGGGGGGUGGGCAGAUGGGAGGAGGGCACAUGGGGGCCGGGCACAUGGGGGGAGGAGGCGUGGGGAAGGGGGAUGAGAGGAGGGGAUGUGGGGAGAGUGAGAAAGCAGGGGACGGGAUGAGGGGGGGGGAGGAGGGUGUGGUGGGCGUGAGGAGGUACGACGGUGGGUGGAGUGAGGGAAUGGAAGGCGGAGGUGGGGUUGGGGGUGGCGGUUGGAAUGGCGGCGGCGUUGCUGCUGCCGCGUCUGACGUGCAUCUCCCCCCGGCCUCUAAAGCCUGGGAUGAGGCGCCUCCUCCCCCAGCCUCUUCAGGGUGGGGGGAAGCCCCGCCCCCGCCUCCCCCUACUAGCUGGGCGGAAGUUCCCCCCACUCCCCCUCCGCCCACAGGCUGGGGAGAAACCCCUCCUCCCCCUCCCCCUACUGGCUGGGGGGAGGCCCCUGCUUCCCCUCCCCCUCUGCCUCCCCCUACUGGCUGGGCGGAAGCUCCCCCUCCCCCGCCCCCUCCCCCUUCUGGUUGGGGGGAGGCUUCCGCUGCUUUCCCUGCCCCUGGGUGGGGGGAUGGAGGGUGGAACGGGGGAGGGGUGAGGGAUGGAGGAGGGGACAAUGGAGGGAGGGGGGAUGGCAGUGGGCAGGCAGGGUGGCAGGCGAAGGAGCAGGGGCAUGGGGGUUGGGGAGGGCUUGGCGAUGGGCAGGGGCAAGGGGGCGGGGAUGGGUAUGGGCAGGCGCAGGGGGGUGGAGAUGGGUAUGGGCAGGAUUACAGUGGGUGGCAGGCGGGUUGGGAUGGGAAUGCGCAGGGGCAGGGGGAUGGGUAUGGGGAGGAGGAGGAGCAUGGGAGCCAGGUGGGGCAGGAGAGGUGGCACAGGAAGCGACCUGCAGCCUCGCACUGGAAUCCGCACAGUGGGCAUGGGGGUGGGCAUGCAGAGAAUUGGGGAAAUGGGGAGGGUGGGGAGGGGGAGGAGUAUGAGAUGGUGGGGGAGGUGGUGGGUGUGCUGCACCGAGUGAGCCGUGACUUUGUGGUUUGCCUUAAAGACCAUGUGGACGAGGUGGAAGGGGUUGCUGUGGGGGCGAGAGGUGGGGAAUGGUUGUGGGGGGAGGAGGAAGGGGAGGAGGAGGAGGAGGAGGAGGAGGAGGAGGAGGAGGAAGAGGAGGAAGAGGAGAGAGAGGAGGACGAGAGUGAGGAAGAGGAGGAAGAGGAAGUGGAAGAUGAAGAGGAGGAAGAGGAAGGAGAGGAUGGAGGGGAAGAAGAGGUAGAGGGGCAGCACAGGCACAAUGUGCUGUCAGCCGUAAAUGAGCCAGCAGCCGGUGCAACAGACCCAGCAGGCACAGCAGUGCAUGGUGUGAGAAGCUCCAGCACGGCCACAUGCAGCGAGCCUGACACCACCCCGUACAGCAGUGUGCGGGGUGGCAGCAGCAUGAGGAGUGAGAUCAUGGGCGUGGGGAGCAGGGAGAGCAGCAUGCGGAUGCACGAGGGCAAGCAGCACGAGAGCCAGCUCACGCAGCAGGCUCUCCCGUGCCUCCUCCUCCAAAUGGGCUUCCUCUGUGUGCCCAUGGAUGCUCGCCUUCCGCUCGUGAGUGCUGCCGUGUUUCAUCUCGUUCCCUCCAUCCACUCAAUGUCGAUUACUGUGGCAGCAUCAACGCUCAAAUUGUUGUCAUUGUCCAGGAAGCACCUCAUGCUCUUCUCUUCCCCAUCCUUCACUUUCUCCGCACUUCCCCUCCUGGCAACAAGGUCGAACUUGCUUCUCAAGCUGCUUCUCUUCGCCCCACUACCCUCACUCUCUUACCCUUUCUCCCUCUCGCCCCCUCCUCUCACCCCCACCAGCAUCGACCCCCCUGGCAGCAGGGACGUGGAUGAUGUGCUCUCCACAGCUCACCUCCCCAACGGCCUCAUUCAGGUGGGUCUAUUUCAGGUGUUUCUACAGGUGGGUCUAUCCCAGGGCCGCCUGUGCGACGGCAAGCCGGAUUGCUGGGGGGAGCAGGGUGUGGAGGACGAGAAUCAAGAGUUCUGUAAAGGGUACGUGUGUCUGGACGGGUGGAGGAAGUGUGCGGAUGGGUUGCAAUGUGUGGAGGCUGGUCAGUGGUGCGAUGGCGCUGUGAACUGCUUGGAUGGGAGCGAUGAAGGGGCGGUUUGUGUUGUGGCUACUCCUCUUCCUCCGCCUCCGCCUGCUGCUGGGAACGGCUCAGGUGGUGGUUCAGGUGCUUCCAACAGCAGCAGCGCCUCGGUGGUCCUGAGCAAGGAGGAGAUCGCGAAGCUGAAGAGGCUGGCUCAGGAGAAAAAGGCGGCAGCAGUGGCUGCCAAGAAGCAGAAGAUGGAAGCCAAGCGGGCGGCAGAAGAGGAGAAGACGAAGCAGCGGGCGGCAAAGAACGCUGCGAUCGAGGCGAAGAUCCGAACGAAGGAGGAGAAAAAGGCUGCUGUUGCUGCGAAGAAGGUGGCUGUUGAAGCCAAGAAGAAGCGGCAGGCAGAGAAGGAAGCUGCGAUUGCUGAGAAGAAGCGGAAGCAGGCUGAGAAGGCUGCUGCAAUCGAGGCUGAGAAGAAAAAGGAAGCUGAGAAGAAGGCAGCUAUUGAGGAUAAGAAGAAGCAGCAGGCAGAGAAGGAGGCGGCGAUUGCUGAGAAGAAGAGGAAGCAGGCUGAGAAGGCUGAUGCUAUUGAGGCGAAGAAGAAGAAGCAGGCUGAAAAGGCGGCUGCGGUUGCAGCCAAGAACAAGGCAACCACCAAGUAA